CACGCACGUCCACCGUUCCCGUUUAGUAUUAUAGUAGUACUAUAUUAAUAUUAGUACUGUAGUAGUAGUAACAGUAGUAGUACUGUAGUAGUAGUAGUAGUAGUAAUAAUAGUAGUAUCAGCAGUUGUAGUAAUCCACGGGUAAUUUCCUCCUUCUCCUUUUCAGCCACACCGCUCGUAAAACGUAAAGUCGUUCUAUGUAGCAGCUGAUCGACGCUGCGAGCGCGUGUUGUUGGUACUUAGUUGGUUAUUAUAUUAUUUUGUAGUUUUUUUUUGUCUGCCGCUCAAUGUUCAUUAAUCUCAUUACCUGCAGACGGUUAUUAUUAUAACGUUUUUGUUCUUCAAUUUCUUUUUAAAUUUUGAUUUCACGUUGCGUUUUUUCCCGUUCGCCUACCGUGUUUUUUGCACGCGCGUGAUCGCGAACUCCCGCCGUCGGAUAACAAUAAAAACAACAACAACAAUAAUAAUAAAAAAUAACAUGUCUCCUCCAAACUCUGUGUCGUACACUGUGGUGGUCAGUCUGGUCAGUGGCCUGUUGCAGUGAACGGGAGUUGUGUGUGCAACAGUUCAUUACGUUUAUACGUUUCAUUAACAAUAUUAUUAUCACCGUAAAUGUGUAUAGUGUGUACUGAGCUCGACGUGGCUGUCGUCCAUUACUUUUGAUAGCGACUGGUGUUUUAUUUUCUUCGCCUUGUCGUCGAUAAUCGGACCCGCCGACGGUGUUGUGCCCCCCCCCCCCGCUUCACGACCGGCUAUUUCAUAUUCUGUACACCCGUGGCCGCCGAUCGCGGUGACAAACGCAGCGGCAGUAACGUUCGCGCGCGCAACCAGGCGAAAUAUGAACAGUGAAAAUGUGGUGUUUAGUGAGCCAACCGAACGCAGUCGUUAUAGAAGUCAGGCUCGACCAUAAGGCAAAAGGUCUGGAGUGCCUGGAGAAGGUAUGUGAAUGUUUGGGCAUCAACAAAGAAUGUGAUUACUUUGGAUUACAAUACAAAACUGUCAAAGGACAAGAUGUUUGGUUGAAUCUAAGAAAUUUAAUAGAACAUCAAGUAGCUGGAGUUCAUCCGUAUCGUUUUGCACUCAGAGUCAAAUUUUGGGUGCCGCCGCAUUUAUUAUUACAAGAAUCAACUCGCCAUCAGUUUUAUUUACAUGCCAAGUUAGAGCUAUGUGAAGGGCGUUUAAGACCAACAGAUAGCCAAGCAAUAUGUAAAACUAUUGCAUUAUUGGCACAGGCUGAAUUCGGCGAUUGCGAUGACUCGGUUGCUCUUGUGCAGUUUUUCGCAUAUUGGUGUGAACAUUUGGGCGCACCCAAAGAUGAUGAUGAGUUUAUCAUUGAUCAUAUUCAAAAUCUUCAGUCUGAAAUGAAAGGUAUGAAACAAACAACUGCUGAAUAUUGGUUGAUCAAAGAAGUUUCUGGUCUUCAAAACUUUGGUGAAGAGGUAUUUGAAGGCAGAACAACAAAUGGUUCUUCAGUAUUAGUGGGAGUUGGACCACACGGUAUUAGUCUGGAGCACCCAGAUCAAGCUGAUCAUGAAAAACAAAUGAUUCCUUAUACUGCGAUCCGCAGUGCUGCCAGCCAUCGUCGUGUAUUUGAGAUGUGGUAUUUGGCAGGUGUCGAACAUUCCGAAACACUAAUUGUAUUGAAAUUAGAAUCUAGUUUGGGUGCAAAUACUCUUUAUAGAGCACUUACGGAGAAACAUGCAUUCUAUAGUUGUGAAACAGUGAGAGGCGCUGUUACAUCACAAUAUAUCAGGGAUCUCAAGGGUACAAUUAUAUCUAUAUUUAAUGAAGAUUCACCAUUAGGGAAAAAAUACGUGUUUGAUAUACAGAGGACCUGUCGUGAAGUGCAUGACAAUGCACGUCGUGCACUUUAUGAAAAGCAAAACAAAGUCACACCAUCCAGCUCUACUGUGGUACUGACUUCGCCUGAACCUGAGCCAACUACUUCACAGGAUAGCUACAAACUGGCCAAGCUCAUUGAUGCGCUUACGUGUAGAAUUUGCAUGGAUGCCACUAUUGAUCAUGUAUUUUUCCCAUGUGGACAUGUUAUUGCAUGUGGAACAUGUGUCAAACGAUGUGAAACUUGCCCACUGUGUCGAGGUGCCAUUGAUGAAUCUAGGCAUGUGUUUAUUCCGACUUUAGCUGACUUGCCAGGUCUUCAUCAUUAAUGAUGUAACCGAGUAAAGUAUGUUCAAGUCAUGAUGACUCAUAGUGGGCACACUGUCAUCAAAAUUGACCUCGAAGCAUGAAUGUCUGUGAUAAUGCUAAUAUAUCAAAACUUCCUAUACUUUCAUACUUAUUUAUUUUUGUUAAACAAACAUUUUUUUAUAGUAUUGAUGUGAACAAUGGAUAGGAUAUUUCAUUUGUAUCAUUUACAUGUUGUUUAUAAUUCAUUUAGUUUAAGGUAAUAUAUUUUUAAGUAUAGUUUUUAUACAAACUCAUAAGUAAAUUAAGUUCUUGUGUUACCAUUAAACUAUUAAUUUGUAUAAGUCAGAUAGAUGACACAAUUGUUUGUUAAUACAAAACGUUAAAAUUGAAGUUUAAGUACAAUUCACAUUAUGAGUACCUAUAUAAUAUAAAGUUGAAUUUUUCUUUAUUAUUUUUGUUCAAAAUAUUAUUUUAUUUUCAUUUAUUCUAACAUUAUUAUCAUUGUGUUAUGAUUCAUAACUUAUGAAAUAUAUAAAAUUAUGCAUAUGAA